UUAGCAUGAGAGUGUUUUUAUAAAACAAUGGAUGUGCAGUUUUCAGGUCACGUCUGUUUAUCUCUUUGGUUGACAGAAGAUUUGCUUCUGAUUGGCUGAAGCGAAAACUUGAUCUGAAAAUACGCCCACUAAAGUUCCUGUAUACUUUAGACCUACAGUGAAAAUCACACUAGACGCCGAAUUUGUUUAAGUUUCAUUUGUUGUAAAGUUGAAGUUUGGUGCAGUGUGCAUUCAUCAUGAAUCCAUCUGGAAAUAACAAACCAAGAAAGACUUUCCUUUUCACAUCUGAAUCUGUCGGAGAAGGACAUUCAGAUAAAAUGUGUGAUCAGAUCAGUGAUGCUGUUCUGGAUGCUUAUCUUGCACAGGACCCUGACUCCAAAGUAGCCUGUGAGUGUGUGUCAAAGACUGGUAUGAUCCUUCUGUGUGGUGAAGUGACAUCAAAAGCUGUUGUGGAUCUUCAGAAAGUGGUUCGAGAGACUAUCAAGAGUAUCGGAUAUGACAACUCAUCCAAGGGUUUUGACUAUAAGACGUGUAAUGUGCUGGUGUCUCUGCAGCCUCAGUGCGCUGAGAUCAGUGACUGUGUGUUUGAAGGCAGAGAUAUGGAGGACAUUGGUGCAGGGGAUCAGGGUUUAAUGUUUGGUUACGCCACUGAUGAAACAGAAGAGUGUAUGCCUCUCACCAUUCUUCUAGCUCACAAACUCAAUGCCAAGAUGAAGGAACUUUCAAAGACUGGAGUUUGUCCUUGGAUUCUCCCAGAUUCAAAAACACAGGUGACAGUGGAAUAUCGAGAUAAUAUGGGUGCAAUGGAGCCUCUCCGCGUUCAUACCGUGGUCAUCUCUGUUCAGCACACGCCUGAUAUCACCCUAGCGGACAUCCGUCAGAGUCUGAUGGAGAAAGUUGUGAAGGCAGUUAUACCUGCAGAAUACCUAGAUGACAAGACAGUUUAUCAUUUGCUGCCGAGUGGGAAGUUCCUCUUUGGUGGUCCACAAGGAGAUGCUGGUUUAACUGGCAGGAAGAUCAUUGUGGACACAUAUGGUGGUUGGGGUGGUCACGGUGGAGGAGCGUUCUCUGGUAAAGAUUACUCUAAAGUGGAUCGCUCUGGAGCUUACGCUGCCCGCUGGGUCGCCAAAUCGCUCGUCAAAGCCAAACUGUGUCGCAGAGUUUUGGUUCAAGUCUCUUAUGCUAUUGGUAUUAGUCACCCUUUGUCUGUGUCCAUAUUUCAUUACGGAACAUCGACAAGAGAUGAGGAUGAGCUUUUAGAGAUUGUAAAGAAUAAUUUUGACCUGAGGCCCGGGGUCAUUGUCAAGGAGCUUGAUCUGAAGAAACCGAUCUACCAGAAAACAGCUUGUUAUGGACACUUUGGACGAGAGGAAUUUCCUUGGGAAAAGCCAAAGAAACUGAUCUUUUGAUCUUUUUUGACAACAAUGAAUUACAAUGGAGCAUCAAGAUCAACUUAAUUUCUUUACAUUCCAUUUAAUGUUUUCCUGAGGAAAAAUGUAUUGAUUGUAUUUGUGCUACUGCAUCUUAUUAACGAUAUACUGUGAUCAUCUUAAAACAAUCACGUGGUUACAUAAUUACUACAUUUGUUUAAACUAUAAAUAAAUUUCCUUGAGAAAAAUCUAUAA